GAGGAACGAUGACCGAGGAAGCAUGUGCACCAGCGGCCAGAUUAUCGGGAGCCUCCUGGUGCUCUCUGUGCUGGAGAUAGGACUGGGGGUGUCCAGCGUGGCCGUGGGGGCGGUCAGCUUCAGCCUGGCCCUCCGAGAGCACAAGCCGCAGCUCGGAGACUCGUCCCCGGUAUGGAGCGGGGUGUGUUUUCUUCUUUGUGGCAUAUGUGGAAUAUUGUGCGCCAAAAAAAAAUCAGGACUUAUCAUGAUCCUCUUCUCAGCCUGCUGUAUCUGUGGACUUAUCGGGGGCAUCCUGAAUUUUCAGUUCCUUCGGGCAGUCACAAAGAAGACCUCUUCCCUGUACCCUCUGCACCUGGCCUCCAUGUCUCUGGCAUGCAUUGGGAUUGGGGGCUGCACCCUGUCUUCCUGGCUCACGUGCCGACUUGCGAGCUACGAGCAGAGGAGGAUGUUCUCAGAAAGGGAACAUUCCCUCCAUCACUCACAUGAGAUGGCUGAGAAAAGAUUGAGGGCUAUUGAAAUUACCGACUUGCCCAGCUGCCCGGUGGUGCCCCCGACACCGGAGUUACCUACAAGGAAAUGACUGACAACAUGAGCAAUGGAGGACCACAACUGAUAUUUAAUGGAAGAGUAUAAUCAAUAUUUUAAAGAACUGAAUAUUUUUUAGGACUUUCAUGAGGCAAGGAGAUACCAAAGGACUAGGAGAUAAAAUUAAAACAGUUCUUGCAUUUGCUUUUGUCUCUCCUGAGUAUCCACUAAAAUUAUUCUUCCUCAAUUUUGCCUCAUGUAUUUCUCCAGCCUUUUUUUUAAUGGGAUGAAAAAUUUUCCUGAAAUGUCCUAGUUCAGUAAUUUCAACAGACUUUCCAGAUUGUUCUACAGAGUUUUCAGUUUUAAAAAAAGCAGAAAUAAGAUUCAUAUUCUAUACAAACACUAUGUGACUCGCAUGAAUAUUAGCUUUGUAAUGACAUUUCAUAUGAGUAAUUGAAAAGUACAAAUAUCAAGAAGUAACCAUAACUUAUUGAUGUCUUUGUUUUGAAAGACAGCUGGCUUCAAGAAAAUCACAAUUCAAAACCUCAGCAAUGCCUUGAUAUAAAAACAUUGCAAUUAUUUUCAAUUUGUGAAUGAACUAUAUUUCCUAAUUUAUUUGUAAAUGACAAAAAACUCCUAGAGGAUAAAAAAAGAGAUUUUUUAAAGAGAGAGUGAAUUCUAAUCUGUAUGAUAUUUUUGCAUUUUUGCACAAGAGUGAGUAGUUGUAAGUGAAUAGCACUUAAGGAAAAUUAACACAUUUUGAUCCUACUGUGCAGAUGGAUCUGCACGUUCAUGAAUGAGCCUAAGGAUAAAGUAUGUGUGGAUAUGUGUGUGUAAAUCCUGUAAAUAUUGAAAGUCUUACAUCAUAUGUUUAUAGCAAACAUGAAUGUAAAUAGGUAGUAAAAAGACAUUAUGGUUUGCAGGGCUGUUAUCUGGAUUCUAUUCCAAUAGAGAUGGAAAGGCAAUUGUUCGAGGCCUUUUUUGUCCAUAAAAUCAUAUAUUCAAUUUAUACUACAUUUGUCCACUAUUAUUUUUAUUAUGGCUUUUGUUUGUAAAUAACAUCAUGGUUGAUAUUUAUGAAGCUGAGUGACUUGAACAGUAAAUAUAAAGAGAUUAUUGAUUAUGAUGUUUAUAUACCAGCAGUUAUUAUGGUUCAGUAUAAGCAUAAUUUUCAGUUACACAUUCCAUAUUUAUAAAUAAAAACACUAUGGUAUAUAAUUGCUCAUGACAUUUACAUUUCAAACAUCUUGCAGUCCUAUUAAUUUAUACAGAAAAGCACAUGAGGAAAUUGCAAUUAACCUUGCUAUAAUUUAAUUUAAAUGUUUUGUUUUGUGUAAUAAUUAACAUGGAAUAAUACAGACAGAACAUGUGUGAGAAAAUUAAUAUUUAAAGAACCUGAAAAAAUUUUCUGUAGAAUAUCAGAAGAUAGACUUACAUGUAAAUGGUUAGAUUCAAUCAUUCUCUACCAUACUACAAUGUUAAAACUAGCAACAAAUGACAAUUUAGAUAGGCAAGAAAAUAGCCCAGCCUUUGAAAAUACUUAUGAUAAUACAACCUUCAACCACAGGCAAAGAAAUCUAAUAUUUUUAAACAUAUAACUCUCAUUGUAUUAUAUAAUUUGAAUUCUCUCCUAAAAUUUUCUAGUCACUUUUUAUAAGUUACUUAUUAAAUCACAGGUAAAUUAAAAUUGUCAAAACCCAGUAUAAGAAUGUGUUAUAAUUUAAAAAUAAAAUAUAUUUAUUAAUUGUUUUAACAAAAUAACAAUUUGAGUUCAUAGAAAUAUAAAGUUCUUUUUAUUUUAACACAAUAUGAUCAUCUAAACUAUUUAAAUCUGCUUGUUAAAAAUUAUGUCUAUUCAAUGGAAAUAACUGAACUCUGGUUGUUUGGUGUAGUUUUUUUUUGUUUGUUUGUUUUCUUUUUUUUGACAGGCAGAGUGGACAGUGAGAGAGAGAGGCAGAGAAAAGUCUUCAAUUUUGCCAUUGGUUCACCCUCCAAUGGCCGCCGCGGCUGGCGCACUGUGGCCGGUGCACUGCACUGAUCCGAUGGCAGGAGCCAGGUGCUUCUCCUGGUCUCCCAUGGGGUGCAGGGCCCAAGGACUUGGGCCAUCCUCCACUGCACUCCCUGGCCACAGCAGAGAGCUGGCCUGGAAGAGGGGCAACCAGGACAGAAUCUGGCGCCCCGACCGGCCUAGAACCCGGUGUGCCGGCGCCGCAAGGCGGAGGAUUAGCUUAGUGAGCCGCGGCGCAGGCCUGGUAUAGCUUUUGAAGAUGCCCCCAACUCAUUUAGAUAGCCUUAUUAUCUCGUAAAUUACAGAAGUUGUCCAUAUAUGCAACCCAAAAUAGUGAAUCAACACCAUACUGUCCAUUUGACACCACAAGCUUUCUUGAGCUCUGCCACUGGAAAUCUCAGCUCUACAAUGCAGAUAUUUUGUGUGUAUGUGAUUUUGCUAACUUACCCAAGGAUGUUGUUUGGCAUGUUUAUUCUGAUGGAAUAAAUGAAUGCUUCUAGUUUUCGGUGGCAUUUCAGUGCAGGAACGUUUGUAUAAUAGAGAAUAAUAAUACAUCAGCAAGAUGUUUUAAUGCCUUUUGAACAAAUAGGAAAUCACACAUCAAAGACAAAAGUAGGCAUAUCACUGCUUUGACAUAGAGUAAAAAAGAGAUGCAAUCAUCACAAUUAUUCAAGUAUUCCAUAGUGUAGGUUUAACCAAGUACAGAUAUAUCUUUAAAUGUAACUGCUUCUACCCAAUGUUUUCAGGGCUGAGUUUGGAGUGACUGACAUGGGAUGUGUUGUGAUUCUGUGAGCAAAAAAAGUUAAGAGGACAUUAUUCAAGUGCUUGAAAAUUUAAUUUUGACUAUACGUUGAACUAUGAACUAGAAUUUGUAGAGACUACAUUAUAGUUUUACUGUGAGCCUAUCCUGGGGGAAAAGUGAUGUGAUACUAAAUUAAAAUAAAUAUGUGAAACUGGUGUGGUGGUGUGUUUUAGAGACCAACUACAAACAGGUGGAGUUAUUAUAAGCAUAAAAGGAUAAAAGUGGACUCAGAAAUUUUGAGACAUUUGUGUAUGUGUAGGUGUAUGUGUGUAUGUUCACAUACAAUGGUUGAGAAGUGGAACAUGACCAAUGACUCUGCUGAUAUGUCUGUAUAAUAAAACAGUGUGCUUCAAAAUUA